ACGUAGCGAACGAUCACAGCGUCAGUUUGUUGUAGUAGAGUGUUGGUGGCGCUACGUUACUUUCCAAAGCUCUUCGUUCAGAAUACGUACAGUGUGUGCUUUCAAUUCAUUCUUCCGACGACGCGAUCGCACGUACGCUACUCUUUUCUGUGCUGCUAUGUGGUUUUCGUGAAUUAUCUCUAUCGAAUUGACUGUAUAACAAAAACUUUGAUUUCUUGUCGCCUUUUGAGACCAUUGAAAACUUGGACAAUGGUUUCAAAUGAUACGUAAGGUCGUGAUUCAUCCACGAUCAGAUUUUGUAUCUCCAUCAAUCAAGGCAACAAGAUCAAUUUGGUUAAGUGCGUUCUUUUCGCGAAAGUCCGUUACGUACCGAAAGCUCUCCUCCUCACGAUGCGGAGGGGGGCCUCGUUAUCGUUUCUGCAGAGAUAUUACGCUCUCUGUCUCGGUAUAUUAGUGAUUGUUUUAUCGUGCAAUGUUGCCGCUGUGGCCGAACCUUCGAAUAGUAUCGGCUACAGUAGUUUCGGCUUCUCGAGCAAGUGCCCAAGGAGCUGUAUCUGUUCGGAAUCGUCGGUGGACUGCUCCCACCGCGGACUGACCCAGGUGCCAGGAAAUCUGCCCAAUGACAUCGAAAAAUUAGAUCUUCAAGGGAACAACAUUACCGUCAUUCUUGAAUCAGAUUUCGAGAGGCUUGGCAAACUUCGAGUUCUACAACUGACUGAUAACCAAAUCCAUACGAUUGAACGAGAUGCUUUCCAGGAUGUGAUCAAUUUAGAACGACUCCGGCUCAAUGGAAAUAAUCUCCGACAUAUUCCUGAUAACUUGUUUUCGGCGAUGUCCAAUUUAUUUCGAUUAGAUUUAAGUCACAACUUAUUGACAGUAAUAGGCCGGAAAACGCUGAGAGGAAUUUCUGCGGUAAAACAUUUACAACUUGAUAAUAAUCACCUAACUUGUAUUGACGAUUCGGCUCUCAGGAGUUUUAAGGAUCUGGAAAUUUUGACCUUAAACAACAACAAUCUGACAUGGAUCGGAAAAGACAUGUUCAGCAACAUGUUUCGUCUUCGCACGCUGCGAUUGAACGACAACUUAUUCCAUUGCGACUGUCAGCUGUCCUGGUUGGCCAGAUAUUUAAGGCAUUCGACGCGAUUAGGCCAGUACACAAGGUGUCACUCGCCGUCAAACCUCAAGGGGCAAAAUAUCGCCGAUCUGCAGGAACAAGAUUUCAAAUGUUCAGGGUUAGUAGAAAAGGCCAUUAGCGGGGAAUGUAUAAGCGAACCCCUCUGUCCCCAUCCCUGUAGAUGCGCUGAUGGUAUUGUCGACUGUCGGGAAAAGGCCCUCCCCAAAGUUCCAGACCAUUUGCCUGAAGGAACGACCGAACUGAGACUCGAACAAAACGAAAUAACAGAAAUCCCGCCGAAAGCUUUCGUAGCUCAGAAGAGAUUAAGGAGAAUUGACUUGAGUAAUAAUAAAAUAUCUAAAAUCGCUCCUGAUGCUUUUCAAGGGCUAAAAGCUCUGACUUCACUGGUUCUGUACGGUAAUAAAAUCAAGGAUCUUCCUGCAGGAAUUUUUCAAGGACUAGUCUCUUUACAACUCCUUUUAUUAAAUGCAAACGAAAUAUCUUGCAUAAGGAAAGAUACAUUUCGUGACCUACAUAGCUUAAGUUUGUUAUCUUUGUAUGAUAAUAAUAUACAAUCGUUGGCCAAUGGGACAUUCGAUUCGUUGAAAAGCAUUCAGACAUUACACUUGGCCAGAAAUCCUUUCAUUUGCGACUGCAAUCUACGCUGGCUUGCGGAAUAUUUGCACAAAAAUCCCAUCGAAACAUCGGGAGCCCGAUGCGACACUCCCAAGAGAAUGCAACGUCGCAGGAUCGAGACGCUCAAGGAUGAAAAGUUCAAAUGUAAGGGCCAAGAGGAGUUUCGAACUAAAUAUGCCGGAGAAUGUUUAAUAGACAACGCCUGUCCAAAUGGAUGUAGUUGUGAUGGUACUAUAGUUGACUGCUCAGGUCGUGGUCUAAAGGAAAUACCGAAAGAUAUUCCUCUUUAUACCACAGAAUUAUUACUUCAUGACAACGAACUUGGUAAAAUAAAGUCUGAUGGAUUAUUCGGUAGACUCCCAAAUCUAAUCAAACUAGACUUACGUCGAAAUCAAAUUAUUGGGAUAGAAAAGAAUGCAUUUGAAGGAGCCACGCAAAUUGUAGAACUGCUUUUAUCAGAGAACAAACUAUUGGAAAUCCACAACAAAAUGUUUUUCGGACUCCAUAAUCUCAAAGUACUAUCUCUUAACAACAAUCACAUUACGUGCGUGAUGCCGGGCUCAUUUGACCAUUUGACUUCUCUUCAUACUUUAAACCUGAUCCAAAAUCCAUUUGCUUGCAAUUGUCAUUUGGCGUGGUUCUCGGAAUGGCUAAAGAAUAAAGGUUUGAGUGGGUCUCCUCCUCGAUGUGCUUUUCCAGUCAAAGUAAAAGAUGUUUUGAUAAAGGAACUUGCGCAAAACGAAUUUAAAUGCACUAGUGACAACGAUCAGGGAUGUUUGGGUGACAACUACUGCCCUCCUAUGUGCACUUGUACUGGAACGGUGGUGCGCUGUUCCCGAGCCAAGUUGAGAGAAAUCCCAAGGGGAAUUCCCCCUGAGACGUCUGAACUAUACCUGGAUGUGAACGAGAUUCAAAGCAUUCAAGCCGAUAGAAUUAAUCAUUUAAAAUCCCUCACACGAUUAGAUCUGAGUAAUAACCAAAUAGGUAUUUUGGCUAAUAAUUCCUUUAUCAGUUUAUCGAAACUAUCAACGUUGAUUAUCAGUUAUAAUAAACUUCAGUGUGUUCAGCGUGACGCACUUACCGGUCUUAAGUCUUUGAGAAUUCUUUCUCUGCAUGGUAAUCAAAUCUCAAUGAUUCCCGAAGGCGCUUUUGCAGAUUUGAAAUCGAUUACUCAUUUAGCUUUAGGUGCUAAUCCGCUCUAUUGCGAUUGUUCGUUACGGUGGUUAGCGGAAUGGGUUAAAGUGGAUUACGUUGAACCAGGAAUCGCAAGAUGCGCUGAACCUGUGGACAUGAAAGAAAAACUCAUCCUGUCAACUCCCACUUCAGCUUUUCAAUGUAAAGGGAAAGUGAGUAAUGAGAUUCUGGCGAAAUGCAACGCUUGUUAUACAUUCCCUUGUAAAAAUGGUGGCAAAUGUUUCCCGAUGGCUGAAAGGGACUACGAAUGUAACUGUGCUCCAGGUUACCAUGGAAAAGAUUGCGAAUUCAUGAUCGACGCUUGCUACGGAAACCCGUGUCGUAAUGGAGCUUCGUGCAAGGUUUUGGAAGAGGGACGAUUCAGUUGUGUUUGUUCUCCGGGAUUCACCGGUUUACGCUGCGAGGCGAACAUAGACGAUUGUGCCAACCAUAAGUGCCAAAAUAACGCAACAUGCGUUGAUCAAAUCCAGGCAUACCACUGCAAAUGCACAAAAGGAUUCAUGGGCGAAUACUGCGAAACUAAAAUACCUUUUUGCACGAAAGAGUUCAACCCUUGUAAAAAUGGAGCCAAGUGCGUCGAUCAUUUUACCCAUUACACGUGCGAAUGCCUCCCUGGAUUCAAAGGGGAUAAUUGCACCAUUAAUAUUGACGACUGUGAAAAUCACAUGUGUCAAAAUGGAGCUACUUGUGUUGACGGUAUAAACGAUUAUCAGUGUAAAUGUGCUGAAGAUUAUACGGGAAAAUUCUGCGAAGUGUCUCCCCUUGUCGCCAUGAUGUACCCCCAAACAUCACCCUGUCAACACCACGAGUGCGUCCAUGGGGUCUGUUUUCAACCGUCUGGCUCCAACGAUUACAUGUGCAAAUGUGCUCCUGGAUACUCGGGUAAACGGUGUGAAUAUUUAACGAGUUUGAGCUUCAUCCAUAACACGUCGUACAUCGAAUUGGAGCCCUUAAGGACAAAACCGGAAGCAAACGUGACUAUAAUUUUCGCUACGACUCAAGAAAAUGGUGUCCUCAUGUAUGACGGCCACCAGGAGCAUUUAGCCGUUGAGCUGUUUAAUGGAAGAAUCAGAAUUAGUUACGAUGUUGGAAAUUAUCCUGUUUCGACUAUGUACAGUUUUGAAAUGGUAUCUGAUGGUCAAUACCAUGUGGCCGAAUUGCUAGCCAUCAAGAAGAACUUUACAUUGCGUGUCGAUCGAGGAUUAGCAAGAUCGAUAAUCAAUGAAGGAUCCAAGGACUAUUUGCGACUCACCACUCCCAUGUAUCUUGGAGGAAUUCCGUCAGAACCGGGGCAAGAAGCCUUCACUUUGUGGCAUCUAAGAAACCUGACCAGCUUUAACGGUUGUAUGAAGGAAGUUUGGAUCAACCAUAAGCAAGUAGAUUUUGGAAACGCUGCUACCCAGCAUAAAGUCACUCCGGGUUGUACGAUGAUGGAGACAGAAAGGGACGAAUCGCAACAAGAGGACGAGAUGGACACAAUGAUCGAGGAGCCGAUCGGUUCGAUCGAUCCGUGUGCGAAGAAUCAAUGCAAACAUGACAGCAAAUGUGUUGCCAGCAAAAACGGAGAGUACACCUGCCGAUGCAAGCAGGGUUACAAAGGGAAAUAUUGCGAACAAGGCGAACUGGAAUCGUCGACUUGCCGAAAGGAACAGGUAAGGGAGUACUAUUCUGAGCACGGUUGUCGGUCAAGGAAACCCCUCAAAAUGGCCAAAUGUAUAGGCGGUUGUGGAUCGAUGUGCUGUCACGCACGUAAAAGCAAACGUCGCAAAGUUCGCUUGAUUUGUAACGACGGUACCCGUUAUACCAAAGAUAUAGACAUCAUACGCAAAUGCGCAUGUACAAAAAAAUGUUACUGACUGAUAAAUGCCGCUAAUCACAAUUCAAACAACACCACAACAUUGACUCUUAACGACCACCCUAAAACUGAUGACUUGGGCUCGAUUUCGUCCCAACAACCCUACAAACUAACAUUCGAAAUCAAAAAUUCGACCGACAACGACGCCAUCGUCAACGACGACGCUGUUUCACAACGGCACAAACUUUUAGACGACGUCGCAGACGAUGACAACGUGAUCGUAUCGAAUUUUGAUUCGGACGAUAUCGAGUCUGAAAAAUUGUCCCAGAUGAUUUACAACAGCCAACACGAAUCGUGCAUAAUAUCGGCCUUCCUGUAUCUAAUAACGAUCACCAUGUUCGCAUACUUGGUCAUAUUGUGGAUAAAACAGAAGGUCCACACGCGAAUGGAGGUCAUGCACAUGUGGUAGGUUUUCCCGAUCGGCAUAAAUAAAAAAAUACAUCGGUUGUUAGUGUUGUUGUCGUUCUUUUCUUUUUUGUAUUUUUGCUUUUGUCAGCAAAUAUUUAAACAACGCGCAUGCACAUAACAACAAAAGAAUGAAAAAUAAGUUAAACAAUAAUAACACUUAUUUUUUUUGCCGUUCGAAUUUUUGACCGUUAUCAGGGUAUUUUUUAUACAAACACCGACUGACCUGUAGUGUGUAGCAAACAGAUAAAGAAGUAAAAAUUGUAAUGGUUUUCUUUUCUAUUAUAAUAAUAGACCCUUUAAUUAAAGUUAUUGUAAGAUGUCUGCUCCACCUUUUGAUGGUCAAACAAUUUUCAUUUGGUGAAAUUAUAUUUAUGUGUAAUUAUAACGUUUUUUUGCCAUAAACAAACAUUCAACAGAACAUAAUCAACCAAAAACGAAAGACUUUUCACAUUACCAUUGACUAAAUUCCUGAUUUACAUGUUUUUGUGUAAGUUCAUUACUGCGACCUCUCUAGUCGGGUUUAUUAAGUAGUAAAGCGCUCCUGGUACCGCCGAAAUGGCCGCUCUGGCUUCUACUGAUUUAUCAGCGUGGUAAAUGACAAUAUAAUCAAAUUAACCUACAAAUUUAUUAAAAACAGUAAAUUAAUAAAGAACAACUUUAAAAGAAAUUAUGUUUAGGACAAAAACAAUAUUAUUUAUUAUUCAAAAUUUACAUGAGUUAAUUGCGUACGUUUUGCUAAAAAGGGAUAAGCAGUAUUGUUUUAUUCAUAACUUAUUUAUUUAUUAAUUUUUUUAUUAAGAAGUUGUCAUAGUUAUGAGAAAAUUUCAGCAACCGAGAGUAUCAGUGUUAAUUACGUAACUGUUAUUUACAUAGCACAAUUUUGUUUAACAAAUUCGACCAAUUUUCUUCUGCAUUCACUUAAAUUAAAAACGGAAUGUUGGCCAUCAAAAGUUACUGUAUCUUCUAAUUUAGAACACAAACGGUAAUUGUAAGAAGGUAGAGACAUAUUUAGGUACUUUAAUGCUAGAAAGCUCAGGCAAAUUUCGUUAUGUAUCAUGAUUUAAGCAUUCUAAAAGUUUCAAUAACUCAUCACUAACGUCAUCAAAGAGUAAAAAUGGAAUCUCAAGCAGGAUAACUAACUUUCAUUAUUGUUUGUAUUGAUAUAAUAUGUAAGAACUUAUUAACUCAUGCUUACAAAAAAGGACAAACUUUUUUAUAAUGCCCUCGAUAAAACCCCCUUCCCUACCAUAAAAACGGCCAGUUUAAUGUUGUUGUCAAACUUCUUCUCCCCAAGCUAUGUUUGUUAGAAUUGUGACUAGUGGCAGAGAUAUAAAACUUAAAAAGUUAUCAAUUAUAUUAUAGUACAUAGUUUAAUGUGUAAAACAAAAGUACUACUACUACUACUAUCACUAAUUGUACGUUUAUCGUCUCUAUUUCGAAAAAAUGAUUAAUUUAUUUAAUGUAUGUUAUUAUAUUUUAUCUAUGUUUUCAUAAGCGUUAUUACUUUAUGUAUAGCGCGCUUUUUUUAUUGUAAAUUAUUUUAUUUUAUUAGUAGGUUGUCACUGCCCCCAACCCCUUCCUUUUUUUAUUUUUGC